CUUGCUCACCCAAUCAACAUCAUGUCUAAGUCUGUCUUCAUGUCCCUGCUGGUCCUGGUGGCCCUCACAGCAGUCCAGGCGGCUCCUGGCUACAUCGGAGGCAUCGGGAGCGGGUUUGGAGGCUACGGUGGCGGCUUCGGGUACGCCGGGUACGGAGGCGGGUACAAUGGAGUCGGGUAUGCUGGUUCGGUGGGAUCUCACUACGGUGGCGGCGUGGCUCGUGGCGGCUACGGGGGCGGCUAUGGCGGCUCCCACGGAGGAAGCUUCAACUUCGGACGGUGAGGCGGUCAAGAAAUCAUCAACGUCGGGGGUCAUCAUCUUCUCCUCCUCCUACUCCUCUCUUUCUCCUGAGAGUCAAGAAGCAGGAAGAGGGAAGGAUGGAGGAUGGUCGAAUAUCUUUAAGAAAUAUGUAACACCGGUGAGCCUUAGGUGGAGACGCUGCUCACUAACAGGGACUCGAGCGAGACGUAAAUGAUAUAAUACAACGCAAUACAUCUUGUAAAUUACUUUUUGGAUAAUCUAUAAAAUAAAUAUAUCAUGA